CCACGAUAAGACCCCUCCGUAGAGCUUGGCGUUCACCAAAAUGGAAUAUUUCAGUACUAUACUGGUUUUUAUCACUGUAUUUUUACUGAAUACAGCGGUAUCCGAAUCAACAUGUGGGUUUAAGGCAUGUCCCAGCACCAAACAAAACAUGAUCAAUGUUCAUUUGGUCCCCCAUUCGCACGACGAUGUGGGUUGGCUAAAAACAGUUGAUCAGUAUUACUAUGGAAGUCAAAACAAGAUCCAGCACGCUGGAGUCCAAUACAUAUUGGAUACAGUGGUCGAGGAGCUGCUGAAAGAUUCGAAUCGUCGUUUUAUCCAGGUGGAAACUUUCUUCUUUUCGAAAUGGUAUGACGAGCAAACCGAAACCGUUCAGCGACUUGUGAAAAAGUUGGUAGCAGAAGGCCGUUUGGAGUUCACUGGAGGUGCUUGGAGCAUGAAUGAUGAAGCCACUGUUCACUACCAAAGUGUAAUUGAUCAGUUUAAUUUGGGCUUAAAAUACCUAAAGGACAUCUUUGGCGAUUGUGGACGUCCCACUGUUGGCUGGCAAAUUGAUCCAUUUGGCCACUCUCGGGAAAUGGCCUCUGUAUUCGCACAAAUGGGAUAUAACGGUGAAUUUUUCGCUCGCAUGGAUUAUGUUGACAAAAAGAAACGUUUGGAGGACAAAGAAAUGGAAAUGGUUUGGCAAUCAAGCGAAUAUUUAAAGAGUUCAAACAUAUUUACUGGAAUGCUGUACAAUCACUAUUCUGCACCGCCAGGAUUUUGUUUUGAUAUCAAUUGCGAGGAUGCCCCGAUUAUCGAUGGCGAGAGCUAUGACAAUAAUGUUGAUAAAAGAGUCAGUGACUUCAUCGACUAUGUUAAGACAAUGUCAAAAUCUUAUCGAUCCACUCACAUAAUGGUGCCCAUGGGAGAUGAUUUUCAGUACGAGGACGCCGCAGUGAAUUUCAAAAAUAUGGACAAGCUUAUAAAGUACGUCAACGAUCGCCAAUCGUUUGGAUCGCAAGUCAACGUUUUCUACUCGACGCCCUCCUGUUAUCUCUACGAACUGCAUCAGUUGCAGCAAACUUGGCCGAACAAGACCGAGGAUUUCUUUCCGUAUUCCAGUGACUCUCACUCCUACUGGACGGGCUAUUUCACUUCGCGGCCCACUCAAAAACGCUUUCACCGGGAUGGAAAUCACUUUUUCCAGACAGUAAAGCAACUGAGUGUUCUGGCCAAUUUAACCAGCUCUCAGCAUUCGGAGGAUCUGGAAAAUCUAAGUCAGGCCAUGGGAAUAAUGCAGCAUCAUGAUGCUGUCACAGGCACUGAAAAACAGGCAGUUGCCCGGGAUUACGAUCGUAUGUUGUACAAGGCGAUUACUGGCGCGGAGAAUAAUGCGCGCGAUGCCCUUCGAUCUCUUACCAAUCUGACCUCUGGAGAGUUCCAAACAUGCCUGGAAUUGAAUAUAAGUGUUUGUGCCAUCACCCAGAGUACAGCCAACAAUGUGAUUGUUACCCUGAUGAAUCCCUUGGCUCAUACAUCAACGCAAUAUGUGCGUGUCCCAGCGAUGAACGAAAACUAUAUAGUCACCGAUGAGAAAGGUCGCGAGGUACCUUCUGAAGUUAUCCCAGUUCCUUGGGAAGUUUUGGCUCUGGAACAUCGAUCGAAUGGAACUCAACACGAAUUGGUUUUCAAAGCCAGUGUUGAGAAAAUAGCCAACUUCUUGAUUCGCGUACUGCCUUCCCCAAAAAUUGCGGAAGAAAAUGUGUAUUUCCCCGUAGAGAAGGCCCAAGAUGAGACCGAAGAAUUAACAAUGGAAAAUUCGCUGGUUAAAAUCACAUUUGAUACAACUACUGGUGGCUUGAAAACCAUUCAAAUGAACGGAUUAACCGAAAAUGUACAGCAAAGCUUUGGAAUAUACAAGGGAUAUCGGGGAAAUAACGGUGAAUCUAACAACCGUUCAUCCGGAGCCUACAUUUUCCGUCCGGACGGAGAGAUCCAAGUGCUGGAUGACAAAAUUCAACUUUCGUUCUAUAAUGGCACCAGAGUCAAGGAAGUCCAUCAACAUGUCAACGAAUGGAUAUCCCAGGUUGUCCGGAUUUACGAUGAGGAAAAUCGUGUGGAAUUUGAAUGGAUGGUUGGGCCGAUUCCGGCGGAUGAUGAAGUUGGUAAAGAGAUAAUCACUCGUUUUACCAGCAAUAUAGCCUCAAAGGGUAAAUAUUAUACGGACUCAAAUGGUCGCGAGAUGCUGGAACGUGAGAGGAAUCAAAGGGAACACUUUAAUCCCGAUAUGUCGGAGUCCAUUAGUGGAAACUAUUAUCCAGUGACCGGUCAAAUUUCCCUCCAAGACGAUGAAAAGCGAAUCACCUUGCUAAAUGAUAGAGCACAGGGAGGAACCAGCUUAAAAGAUGGGGAAUUGGAGCUGAUGCUGCACCGUCGCCUUCUGAAUGACGAUGCAUUUGGAGUUGGUGAAGCCCUCAAUGAGACUCAGUACGGUAUUGGUUUGAUUGCAAGAGGAAAGAUUUCUCUAAUUCUCACCGAGGCAUUUGAGAAACCAAAUCACGCAGAGCGACUGCUCCAGCAUAAGUUGGACCAACACUUUUGGAAAUUUUUUAGCAAAUCUAAUGCCGUGGCCUCUGUAAACAAACAUUUGAUUCCAGAUUUUACCGACCUCCCUCAAUCGAUUGAACUUCUCUCCUUUGAACCAUAUACGAAGGAUCAAAUCUUGAUACGAGUGGAAAACAUGAAAACCGAAGGAAAUGUGGUUAGCUUUAAUAUUUAUCCGCUCUUUGAGUCCUUGAGUGGAGAUCAGAUUUGGGAAACGACUUUGGAUGGAAAUAUGCAGUUAAGCACUGUGAAGAGAUACAAGUUUAAUCAAGAUAGCACCGGCAGUAUUCCUUCAUCCAUUGAAUACUAUUACGCUCCCCAUAACCCUUUGGCAGCUAAUUCUACGAUGGACGCGUCCGAAUUUGUCGUUACUCUGGUCCCAAUGCAAAUUCGUACAUUCAUAAUCCAGCAGAAAUAACAUUUUUAUAAUGAACUAUUGAUGCUUAAUAAAACCCGUUACAAAGCUUA